CAGUCCGAGCUUCUACACUCUCACAUGCACUCCCUUCUCAGUCACUCUCACUCUCGCAGCAAUGCAGGUCCUCCAAACCCCUCACCAGUUCUUCACCUUCCCUAAAACCCUAAACCCUAAAUUCUCCAAUCCCCACCCCAAGCACCUCCACCACCACCAAAAUCACCACCUUCCAUGGCGUCCCCUUCUCUUCAAGUCCAAGGCCUUCAGCACCGACGAGUUCCCCGUCGACGAGACCUUCCUCGAGAACUUCGGCCCCAAAGACAAAGAAACCGAAGACGAGGCCCGGAAGCGCAACUGGGUCGAGCGCGGCUGGGCCCCCUGGGAGGAGAUUCUCUCGCCGGAGGCCGAUUUCGCGCGAAAAAGCUUGAACGAGGGCGAGGAAGUGGCUCUCCAGUCCCCGGAGGCGAUUGAAGCCUUCAGGAUGCUCCGACCCAGUUACCGGAAGAAGAAAAUGGAGGAAAUGGGCCUGACGGAAGACGACUACUACCGCGAACAGUUUAAAAUCAGAGGAGAUAUACCGGAGCCGUUGAAGACGGUUUGGGCGGCUCCUCUGGUCGUCAGACUGAUUCCUCCGAGGGAUUGGCCGCCGAUGGGUUGGGAGGUGGACAAGAAGGAGCUGGAGUAUAUAAGGGAGGCGCAUAAGUUGCAGGCGGUGAGGGUGCGAUUGGAUGAAUUGGAGAGUAAGAAGACGAUUGCGACGAUGGAGACUGAUGAUUUGUGCUUGGAUAGGUAUAAGGUGUUCUUGAAGCAGUAUAAGGAGUGGGUCGCUGCGAAUAAGGAUCGAUUGGAAGAGGAAUCCUAUAAGUAUGACCAAGAUUACCAUCCCGGUAGGAGGAAGAGAGGCAAGGACUACAAAGAGGGCAUGUAUGAACUUCCAUUUUAUUAUCCCGGACAAAUUUGUGAAGGGAAAGUGACAGCCGUUGCUCUAUAUCAAGGAGCAUUUGUUGACAUUGGAGGUGUACAUGAUGGGUGGGUCCCGAUUAAAAAUAAUGAUUGGUACUGGAUCCGACAUCACAUAAAAGUUGGUAUGCCUGUCAUUGUUGAAAUCCUGGCAAAGAGAGAUCCUUACCGCUUCCGAUUUCCCAUUGAAAUGCGUUUUGUUUAUCCAAAUAUAGACCACCUGAUAUUUAACAGAUUUGACUUUUCGCCAAUAUUUCAUCGUGAUGAAGAUACUAAUCCCGAUGAAUUGCGGCGUGAUUGUGGAAGGCCUCCUAUCCCCAGGAAGGAUCCGAAAGACAAUCCGGUAGAGGAACCUUUAUUGUCGAAUCACCCUUAUGUUGAUAAGUUGUGGCAGAUACAUGUUGCUGAGCAAAUGAUUUUGAAUGAUUUGGAGGCUAAUCCUGAUAAAUACAAAGGCAAAAAACUGUCAGAGUUAUCUGAUCCUGAAGAUUACGAUGAAAAAAACGAUGUUGAAUAUACAACAGCCCAGUAUAAGAAAACUGUAAUACCGAAAGUGAUUCUGAAAACUAGCGUUAAAGAACUUGACUUGGAGGCUGCAUUUGCUGAGCGCCAGCUACGUAAUGCACUAAAGAAGGAAGCGGAAGAGAGAGGAGAGGAAUACAAAGUUACCAAUAUGAGGCGGAAUGAUGAAAUGGAUGAGUAUGACUUUUUACAUUGGCGCCGAUCCUUCGAGGAAAGAGAAGCAUUGAUCAGAGACAUAAGCUGCCGUAAAGCUCUUGGUUUACCACUUGAAGAGCCGGGAAGGUUUGUGGAAUCCAGUUACUUUGGGAAGGAUCAAUAUGACCCGCAAAACCCUCUGUAUCGGUAUGACUACUGGGGAGAACCAAAGAACUCAGAGAAGAGCAAGCAAGAGCGGCUGACGGACGCUCAUAACAAAGCAAUUGUGGGAAAGAGCAAUGUUUGGUAUGAAAUGUCGUAUGACGAUUGCAUCAAGCAACGGAUGGAAAGAGAAGCUAAGGGUAUAAAACCAAGACAAAUUGAAGAAGAGACAAGCUUCAAUGACGAUGAUGAAGAUGACGACGACGACGACUUUGAUUUCAGCUUCUUACACGACUCCAAUGUUGAUUUGUCGGACCAGCCUCGUGUCAACGGGACCGAAUCUGCAAGCAUAUCGGAUGAAGGCAUGUUCGAGGAUUAAGGCUCUAACCGGUAAGAUGGCUCGGAUGGAACGAAGUCAUCUGUACAGCAGUUGGUAGAAAAGUGAGGAGCAGAAGAUUUACGCACGGUGAGUCCCAUUUUUGUUGCUAGGAGCCAGCAUAGAUAUAGUUUCUCUUUCUUUCGAGGAAUUAGGGACGAACAUCCAUAUCUUUUCAUUUCCUACAACCCAGAAAUAACAGAAGCUUCAAUAUGUUAUGAAUUACAAAUUUUACAAA